UCUAUGGUUUUGACAAUUGCCAAAUCAGCCAGCCUCUUCCGUCUGCUUGAAAUCACAAAAAAAUCCAUAUUUAUAAAAUUUUCUGAAUGAGUGCAUAGCCAGACAGUGUAAUAUUGUGUAUGUGAUUAGUCCCUAGUCGCCGCAUGCAUACGUGAUCAACGUUAUGGCGACGUACGAGGAGUUUAUUCAGCAGAAUGAGGAUAGAGAUGGCAUACGAUUCACAUGGAACGUUUGGCCGUCGAGUAGAAUCGAGGCGACGCGGCUGGUGGUUCCCCUGGCGUGUCUCUACCAGCCGCUGAAGGAGCGGCCUGAUUUGCCGCCGAUCCAGUACGAACCCGUGUUGUGCACGCGCAAUACUUGCCGGGCGAUCUUGAACCCGAUGUGCCAGGUCGACUACAGAGCUAAAUUAUGGGUCUGCAACUUCUGCUUCCAAAGGAAUCCUUUUCCACCCCAAUAUGCAGCCAUAUCGGAACAGCACCAACCUGCAGAACUGAUCCCUAACUUCUCAACAAUAGAAUACACAAUCACACGCGCCCAGACAAUGCCACCGAUCUACUUGCUUGUAGUGGACACUUGCAUGGAUGAAGAGGAAUUAGGAGCAUUGAAGGACUCAUUACAGACUUCCCUGAGUCUUAUGCCCCAAAAUGCUCUUGUUGGACUGAUUACCUUUGGCCGUAUGGUGCAAAUACAUGAAUUGGGUACAGAUGGAAUUUCAAAAUGUUACGUUUUCAAAGGCACCAAAGACUUGUCCGGCAAGCAGAUUUCAGAGCAGCUGGGGAUUGGUCGCGUCAACGCCACCAACCCCCAGCAGAGACCAGGCCAGCCCGCUCCCCUGCCACCCGCACACCGCUUCUUACAGCCGGUGAAACAAUGUGAUAUGGCUCUGACAGACCUUCUCGGUGAACUGGGACGGGACCCAUGGCCUCUAGGAGUUGGCAAAAGACCGUUACGCAGUAGUGGUGUGGCCCUAUCACUAGCCGUGGGCUUGUUAGAAGUAACCUAUCCGAGUACUGGUGCUAGAAUAAUGUUAUUCCUUGGUGGCCCAUCCUCCCAAGGGCCAGGUCAGGUUGUGAAUGAUGAGCUAAAGCAGCCUAUCAGGUCUCAUCAUGACAUACAUAAGGACAAUGCCAAGUAUAUGAAGAAGGCUAUCAAGCAUUACGAAGCUCUGUCUUUACGAGCUGCUAGCAAUGGACACUGUAUUGAUAUUUACUCUUGUGCUUUGGACCAGACAGGCUUAAUGGAAAUGAAGCAACUAUGUAAUUCAACAGGUGGUCACAUGGUAAUGGGAGACUCAUUCAACUCGUCGCUAUUCAAGCAAACAUUCCAGAGGGUAUUUGCCAAGGAUCAAAAGGGCGAUUAUAAAAUGGCAUUUAAUGGCACAUUAGAGGUUAAGUGCUCUCGAGAAUUGAAAA